UGGAUCCGCCACUGCAUACAAGAAAUUGAAGUGAAAUUCGGUUUUAAAAUCCCAUGAAUUAAUCACGGGGUAUGGUCGUACCAGGUAACACCAGACCAGGAAGAGAAAAUAAACAAAUCGGCCUAGGCCACGCCAUGUUGGAUUGUAAAGAAAUCAGAUGAAAAUCUAUCUAGGAGUCCGACCAUGCUCCCACGCACUUGGGCCCAGGAUGUGGUACGGUGUCAUCUCUGCGAGACCCCGGGCCCCCCUAUGUACUGUGACAUUUGUCACAUACAUCUAUGUAAAGCAUGUGUGGAGGAACAUCUUUCUGAUGAAUCCAAAGAACAUAAAGUUGAACCAUUUAACAAGAGAGGACUUAAUCCUAAAUGUUUAAAGCAUCCAACACAAUUAUGUGACCUUCAUUGUGAACAAUGUGACAUUUCUAUUUGUGUAGAAUGUGUCUCCUCUGGUGAACAUCUAGGACACAAGCAAGUGGGCAUUUCAAAAAAUCUAAAUACUAAGAAAGAAGCCUUAAAAAAAGAUUUACAGGAAUUAGAAAACUCCAUUUAUCCUAAAUAUCAAGAGAUUGCAUCCAACAUCAUAGUUCAGAAAGCUGAUCUGAAUAAAAACGCCAAGAAAUUAACAACAGCCCUAGACAAACAUGGAGAAGACUUGCACAGAGAAAUAGACAUUGCCAUCAAGAAACUGAAAUCUGACCUGGAUGAAAUGGAAUCCAAACACCUAGUAGACCUUGAUAAGCAGGAAAAUGAAAUCAAAUCCAGUAUUUCUGAAAUAACACAGAGCAUUGCUGAACUGAAGAAGCUACUCAACUCCAAUGAUGUCAGCCUUGUCUCUGCUUUCAACUCCAGAAAUGCUGAAUUCAGAAGAUUACCCCUUAAACCUACAGUUCCCUUACCAAGAUUCACCCCUCAAAAGAUUAACAAAGAACAGAUUUAUCAGCAGAUUGGUUCCCUGUCAGCAUUAUCCAUCAAUACACAAGGACAUGGCUACACGAUGGAUAUCCCCGGUGCUGAGUCCUCUCCCCCGGACAGACCGCUCAUUGAUGAACCACGAAUCAUCACAGAUAUAAACACAGAGUAUGGACAAUCCAAUGAGUUAUUCGGUGUGUCCUGUCUGAGUGAUGAUGAGGUAUGGACCCGUGGUCAGGACAACCUGAUGAGACUCUACAACCUCCACAGUAAACUAGUGAAGUCAAUCAAAACCAAGUCAGGGAAGAAACCAGGGGACAUAGCUGCGACACAGAGUGGUGAACUAGUUUAUACUGAUCCCUAUGAUAGAACUGUGAACAUAGUGAAGAAUUCACAGAUACAGACAGUGAUCAGACUACGGGGAUGGUAUCCUUUAUAUGUCUGUAGUACCUCCUCUGGUGACCUUCUGGUUGUCAUGAUUACUGAUGAUAUGAAACAAUCAAAAGUUGUGCGCUAUUCUGGCCCCACAGAGAAACAAACAGUCCAAUACAAUGACAAAGGACAACCUCUCUAUUCAUCUGAACUUUACCCUAAAUAUAUAAAUGAGAACAAGAACCUAGAUAUCUGUGUAGCAGACUAUAUAGCCAGUGCAGUAGUGGUGGUCAAUCAGGCCGGUAAACAACGGUUUACAUAUACUGGUCCUCCCUUCAGGACAUUUAAUCCAGUCGGCAUCACUGCAGACAGCCAGGGUCGGAUCCUGACAGCAGACUGUGCCAACUACCGUAUCCACAUUCUGGAUCAGGACGGACAGUUCCUCCGCUACAUUGACAACUGUAAUUUACAGUAUCCAUACGGUUUAUGUGUGGACACCAGAGACAACCUCUUUGUGGCUGAGAGGGACACAAAAAACUCAAUUUAUCCUAAAUAUCAAGAGAUUGCAUCCAUCAUCUUAGUUCAGAAAGCUGAUCUGAAUAAAAACUCCAAGAAAUUAACAACAGCUCUAGACAAACAUGGAGAUGACUUGCACACAGAAAUAGACAAUGCUAUCAAGAAACUGAAAUCUAACGUGAAUGAAAUGGAAUCCAAACAACUGGUUGUCCUUGAUAAGCAGGAAAAUGAAAUCAAAUGCAGUAUUUCUGAAAUCACACAGAGCAUUGCUGAACUGAAGAAGCUACUCAACUCCAAUGAUGUCAGCAUUGUUUCUGCCUUCAACUCCAGGAAUGCUGAAUUCAGAAGAUUGCCUCCUAAACUCACGAUUUCCUUACCAAGAUUUACCCCUCAGAAGAUUAACAAAGAACAGAAUUACCAGCAGAUUGGUUCUUUGUCAUCAUUAUCUAUUAAAACAGAAGAACAAGUCUACACAAUGGAUUCUUCUGGUGCUGAGUCCUCUCCCCCGGACAGACCGCUCAUUGAUGUACCACGGAUCAUCACAGAUAUAAACACAGAGUAUGAAGAAUCUAAUAUAUUUCGCAGUGUGUCCUGUCUAUGUGAUGAUGAGGUAUGGACGUGUGGUCAGGACAACAUGAUGAGACUCUACAACAUCCACAGUAAACUAGUGAAGUCAAUCCAAACCAAGUCAGGGAACCCGCCAGAGGACAUAGCAGUGACACAGAGUGGUGAACUAGUUUAUACUGAUCCCAGUGAUAGAACUGUGAACAUAGUGAAGAAUACACAGAUACAGACAGUGAUCAGACUAAGGGGGUGGUAUCCUCUCUAUAUCUGUAGUACCUCCUCUGGUGAUCUCCUGGUUGUCAUGAUCACUGAUGAUAAGAAACAAGCAAAAGUUGUGCGUUACUCUGGGUCCACAGAGAAACAAACAAUUCAAUACAAUGACAAAGGACAUCCUCUCUAUUCCUCUGAUGAGACUGUUUACUCUAAAUACAUCAGUGAGAACAAGAACCUAGAUAUCUGUGUAGCUGAUUGUAUAGCCGGUGCAGUAGUGGUGGUCAAUCAGGCCGGGAAACUCCGGUUUACGUACACCGGUCCACCCUCUACUACCAAGGAACCAUUUCAUCCAGUCGGCAUCACUACAGACAGCCAGAGUCGGAUCCUGGCAUCAAACCUUAACAACUGUAUCCACAUCCUGGAUCAGGAUGGACAGUUCCUCCGCUACAUUGACAACUGUCAUUUACAGGAUCUACAAUGUUUAUGUGUGGACACCAGAAACAACCUCUUAGUGGCAGAGAAUAAAACGGGUAAAGUGAAGAAAAUCCAGUAUUACAUUUAAACCAACUGUGAUCAUAUUGUUACAUUAUUGUCAACAAGGUGAACAUUUUUUUUUAAAUCU